ACGGUCCCUCAACUGCUGACUCUUGUUGUUUGUUUGGCUCAAUAUCAUGUUUUAUUGAUUGUUUUUGUUGAUUUCAUUUUAACAUUUAUUUUAAUUAUUGUAAUUGUUUCGUUAUUGGUUUUAUUUUUGCUUGAUUGGCAGUUAAAAUGGUUGGUCAGAAUCGCAAAUUGAAGUGGAGUUUGGAUGAUUUAGAUCUAACACAACCCAUUGAACCUUUAUCUCGACUCAUCAAUGAACCAGAAAAGCUAAUUGAUGAAGUAUUUAAAAUUGCUGCUCAAUAUUUACCCAAAGAUAUUGUACCAGCUUCUCUUAAGGUUUUUUCUGGUUUUUAUGGAAAGACGAAGAAAAAAAAAGAUAUACCAACCGUCGAGCUGAAAAAAUUAUGUCUUGAACAAUUGAAAAAGGUUGAACACCAAACACUUCUAAAUAUACUUUCCAAUGAGUCCGAUGAUCCGACUGACUUGACACAGACUCAUCUUGCUGAUGUUAAGGACGGGGAAAAGACAACUUUGAAUGUUGAUCAAGUAAAGACAAAAGAAGCCAAAGACGUGGAAAUUCAGGUUGAAAUGAAUUGCAUUCCAAGUGAAAGUGAAGUUGCCCAUUGUUCCAAAGCUGAUGAAAAAAGUACAAAAUCUGAAUCGAAAGGCAUUCCAUCUGAAACUGCUUCUACUUCAAAUGAAACGACAAAUUUAGACAGUAUUCUGGAUCAAGCUGAGAUGGAAAUUCGUGAACUUGAGUUGAGAGCUCAGGCAAUUCGAGAGUUGCUGAAAAAACAUGAAGAAGCUGAUAACGCUAUCAAGGCAACUGAAAGUCAAAAAGAUUCAAGGAAACGGCAGAAAAUAGAUUCCAGUUUAUCGCAUGAAACUAAAAAUACUUCAAAAAUUGAAACUAAAACUGAUUCAGCUAAAGCAGUUAAUCUUCGUAAAGGUGAAAAAUCGAAAGAAAGUAAAGUGACUUCCCGUUUAACUCGAAAUCCAGUGUCGAUGAUUGAAGAAGAGGAAACAGGAGAAGAACAGCAAGACGAAUCGAAUGGCGAAUCCAAUGAACUUGGGCGAAAAGUAAAACAAAGACGAAGCUUGGAUGAAUCUGCGAAGGAAACCAACAUCAUGAUGCAGGUGAACAACGAUAGCGAUGAUUCAAUUGAUCGAGAACUGAAAGGUGAAUGAAAAGUUGCCUCAAAAGAUGAAAUUACUUGAAAGGAAUCUACUUAAUUGGUUUCAAAAGUAAAUUCAAUUUUCUUGUUGAAAUGUUUGUUUAAACAUUAACAUUGGACUUGACUUUUGAAAGUACAAAAACUAAACCAAUAAAACCUGUAAAAAAGCCUGACAAAUGAGAGGAAAAAACGUAAUCUUUUGUAAAUAUUUGUUAAUAUGUAUCAUUAAAAAUAUAAACUUGUCUUGAA